AGGAUGCCUAUCUCACGUGUAAACUCUAGCCAAUGAGAGGGGCCAUUCCUGAUAGCUCCAAUUGUCCGCCCACCUUGAUUGAUAGCUGGCUCGGCGCAAUCCAGCAAGCAGCGUAGAGAGAUAUACGUCAGCCACGAAGCUCUCCAACUCCCCUGACUUCGGUGCCAACCGCUCUAAUAUACGCCCCCAUCACCAGCCUCCAGCCCACGACCGGACACUUCGCAGCUGGAACGACGUCCAUUCCUUUUCUCCGAACCAGUACGAACACCUUUCGCGCGCGAGAUCCGGGCAUCCCCGCAUAAGCCAAGAUGUCGUACUUCUUCUCGACUCCCGUCGACAUCGACAUCGUGUUGGAAGACGCUGAUGAGCGGUCUAUGGUGGACGUCAAGCUCGAUAAAAACCGCCGCGAAAAGGCGCCGCUGUAUAUGGAUGGCGAGAGCGUCAAGGGCGCCGUUACCAUCAGACCUAAGGACGGCAAGCGGCUAGAGCAUACGGGCAUCAAAGUCCAGUUCAUUGGCACGAUAGAAAUGUUCUUCGACCGCGGAAACCACUACGAAUUCCUUUCGCUUGUCCAGGAGCUCGCCGCCCCUGGCGAGCUGCAACACCCGCAGACGUUCGACUUCAAUUUCAAAAACGUCGAGAAGCAGUACGAGUCGUACAAUGGCAUCAACGUCAAGCUGCGUUACUUUGUCCGCGUCACCGUGUCCCGCCGCAUGGCCGACGUCAUCCGCGAAAAGGACAUCUGGGUCUACUCGUACCGCAUACCCCCGGAGAUGAACUCAUCCAUCAAGAUGGACGUUGGUAUCGAGGACUGCCUGCACAUCGAGUUCGAGUACUCCAAGUCAAAGUAUCACCUCAAGGACGUGAUAGUCGGUCGCAUAUACUUCUUGCUGGUCCGCCUCAAGAUCAAGCACAUGGAGCUGUCCAUCAUCCGGAGAGAAACGACGGGCGCGGCACCGAACCAAUAUAACGAGAGUGAGACGCUGGUGCGGUUCGAGAUUAUGGACGGCUCGCCUUCGAGAGGAGAGACCAUUCCCAUCCGCCUCUUCCUUGGCGGCUUCGACCUGACCCCGACCUUCCGGGAUGUGAACAAGAAGUUCUCGACCCGAUACUACCUCAGUCUGGUGCUCAUCGACGAAGACGCACGGAGGUAUUUCAAGCAAUCGGAAAUCAUCCUCUAUCGCCAGGCCCCGGACGCGGUCGCCGGUCCCAACAUGAUUAUGGCUGCCGCCCCGGAGAACCCCAAGCUCAUGGGCCCUCCUCCCCUUCAGGCAUAGAGACCUCUGAAAGUGGAUGGUGUGGUUUAUAAGUAAUGUGCCGUGCUUCUUGUUGUUGAUGAUGAUACAGGGGUUCUGGGGAGCUGUCAUGAUAGGUAGUCUUCGUCCAGUCGGUUACGCGCAGUUUUAGCAUAAGGUCACGGCGUUUUGGGGUAAAGACAGAGCUGGGUCUGCUGCACUGA